CACUAAGAAGAUUCUCUGUUAAAACAAAGGACACCGCGGGGCAUCCUCCCACGUCGCGCCUGUGCGGUGCUGUUGUGCUCCCUCUUGCUGCGUGCAUCGUGAUCAGGCUGCAGAGUCUUGCGGAGGUCACCUUCUGUUACCGCAAGGGGAAAUACUGAAUCAUUUGCAGUCAAGGCUAGGCUGGACUCGGUGCAGCUCGGCAAGCACUGUGUAUCUGUGUACAGGAAGCCGAGUGCCGCUGCAGAGCAUAGGUUUGGUUGAGAAAGACCAUUGCAUCAUCCACAGAAAUGUCUGGCUCCUACGAUGAAACUGCAACUGCAGGUGCUGACGACACCAUGGACAGCUUCUGGGAGGUGGGGAACUACAAACGUGCUGUCAAGAGAUUUGACGAUGGCCAUCGACUGUGCAAUGAUCUCAUGGGCUGCCUGCAGGAACGGGCCAAGAUAGAAAAAGCUUACGGGGAUCAGCUGACCGCCUGGUCCAAGAGAUGGAGACAGCUCAUAGAGAAAGGGCCUCAGUACGGCUCUGUGGAGAGGGCCUGGUUGGCUGUAAUGACCGAGGCAGAGAAGGUAAGCGAGCUGCACCAAGACGUCAAGAACAACCUGGUGAACGAGGAUGUGGAGAAAGUCAAGAACUGGCAGAAGGAGGCCUAUCACAAGCAAAUGAUUGGAGGCUUCAAAGAGGCAAAGGAGGCAGAUGAAGGGUUUAAGAAGGCUCAGAAACCCUGGGCAAAAAAACUCAAGGAGAUGGAGACAGCGAAGAAAGCUUACCACAUGGCAUGUAAGGAGGAGAAGCUGGCCGCCGCUCGAGAGGCCAAUGGCAAGACUGAGGCUUCUGUCACACCGGACCAGCAGAAGAAACUCCACGAGAAAGUGGACAAAUGCAAACAGGAUGUGCAGAAAGCUAAAGAAAAGUAUGAAAAGUCUCUAGAGGAGCUCAACAAGUGUGCACCGCCCUACAUGGAGAGCAUGGAGCAGGUGUUUGACCAGUGCCAGCAGCAUGAGGUGAAGAGGCUGACUUUCCUGAAGGAGGCCUUGCUGGACAUCAAACGCCACCUCAACCUCACAGAGAACCAAAGCUACGCCACAAUAUACAGAGAAUUGGAACGUACAAUCCUGUCGGCAAACACACAAGAGGAUCUGAAGUGGUUCAGCAACAACCACGGACCCGGCAUGCACAUGAACUGGCCCGCUUUCGAGGAAUACAACCCGGACCAGGCAAGUGCCCCUCCAAAGAAGAAGAAACCAGAUGGAGCCCCACCCACUCCUAGCACGGAUCACGUGGCUCCCCCUGGUGACCGAAGCAGCGUGAGCAGCUAUGAGAAGAACCAAGCAUACUCAACUGAGUGGUCUGAUGACGAGCAGCCUGCUACCUACUCUGGCAACGAAAAUGGUGGAAACGGAAACUCAUUCGAGGAGGAUUCCACCGCCGGGAAAGGCGUUCGUGUGCGAGCUCUCUAUGACUAUGAUGGCCAAGAGCAGGAUGAGCUCUCUUUCAAAGCAGGCGAUGAGCUGACCAAGACUGAGGAUGAAGACGAACAAGGCUGGUGUCGAGGUCGUUUGGACAGCGGCCGAGAGGGACUGUACCCGGCCAAUUACGUUGAGCCGAUCUAGGCCAGUGGCGGGACAAAGAAAAGACAUGCUCCUGGAAGCAGCUUGAACCACACCAUCCAAUUGCACCACAUAUAGCCAGAGACUUAAGAGCAACACAUCCCUUGACCAACAGAUGCGCAAAGCAGUCAUCAAAACUUAGUAAACUAAAAGACAAUACAUUGGUAUACAGUAUAUUUUAGUCAGCUUUUGGGGUGGUUGGACACAUUUCAAAACAAGAGUGGCAGUUAUCCCUGUAUAUACACACUCAAGUCCAGACCUCGACAGGAACAUAUGGCUUCUCUGUGUAGCUGUAUAUAAUGAACAAUGCAGCGUAUUUCAACAAACAGCCAACUGUAGUCUGUUGUGCAAAUGCACGGUGAAUAUAAUCAGUAAUACCCAUUCAACAAAGACGAGCUUCUCUAACCUGCAUUGUGUAUAUACAGUAUGAUGCCAUUUUUGUGAAGCAUUUAUUAUUAUUUUUUUUUAAAUGCUGUGUGUGGUCAGUCAUCAUUCUUACAUCAGGAAUGCUGUGUCGUGUUUUCAGUAGCACAAACAGAAUCCUCUUUUUAUUUUUGGAAGUGAUAUUUUCCCUGCUCCGGUCCAACCCCUUUACCCUUGUGUGCAGUGUUAUGUGUUUAACUGUUUCUGAGCGUGCAUAGCAGCAUGUGCUAUGCAACAACUCCCAUUCCUUGGACCCUCCAGCCUUGUUGAGGCCACAACCUGAUGCAACCCUUACGACUACAAAUGCAGACGUCACUUUGAAAGCAUCGCAUGCAUCUGUUCCCAUGAGAGGAAGCUUGCUGACGAUAACGCUUAAUUUUAUGUUCAUUUUGUCAUCGUGCAAUCCAUUGAGAAGGGACAUGUUUCCGCAGCAGUUUCGCAUUCUAAACCUACUAACAACUACAGGU